UGUUAGGUUAACAAAUAUGAAAUAUCCAUCUGAUUUUUAGUCUUUGAUUACUAUGGAGUAUUUAACUCAGAGGAUAUUUGUUUACUUUCUGUUAUGUUUUGUCCCGAUUUUUGCUAAAGCGAAUCCGGUUGGAACAACACUGGAUAAGAUCGUAGAGAUGAAGCCUGUUAACGCACUAGUGAGACUACCUGAACUCGAAGCGUCCACACCUGGUAGAGACGAUCAUCCGUUUGAUGAAUUCACGACGCCACAAAUGGCGGCUAUUCUUGAAAAGCUUAACCUCACCAGGGGACGACUCCAAGGGGAUAUUGUCCUUAACCGGCAAGAGAUGAUAGACCUACUGUUGAGAUUGGAAACAAUUGAAAAUGCACCUCAUAAUAAAGACACUGUUGGUAAAGACGGCCAUAUCACCCAACCUCAUUUCAAACGACCGAACGUGAGGAAAAUUUUGAAUUUAUUUAAAUUGAAACAACAGAGAAGUCUUGCGAGAACACAAAGAGAAACUGUAACGAGAUAUCGACGGAGUCUUGCUAACAAAGAGAAAUGGACCUUUCCAAUAUCAUAUUUCAUUGAUAGUUCAAUUUCUCCAAACAGCAAAAAAGAGAUGAUCCGUGAUAGUCUGGAUCACUGGGAAGAGAAAACAUGUGCCUCGUUUCGAGAGGUUUCCAUGACGACAUCACCGGGAAUAACCUUUACUUCAAAAACCGGAUGCGUCUCGUCAGUUGGUAUGGUACUUGACAAUGAUGGUAAUGAGAUAUCUUUGGAAAAUGGACGUUGUAACCAGAUGGGCGUGAUAGUUCACGAAGUGGGUCACGCUUUGGGGUUCUACCAUACCCAGACACGUCCGGAUCGAGACUCUUACGUGAUUUUGUAUAAUAACAAUAUACAGACUAGCAAGUUUGAAGCAAAUUAUGCUAAAGACACAUGGGACAAUUUUAUUCUUUAUAAUUUGGAGUACGAUUAUGCUUCUGUGAUGCAUUAUAGUCCACAGACAUUUUCUAUAACAAGUACCAAAGAAAAUCCAACGAUGGACGCUGUUAAUCCUUUGUACAACGGCGUCAUGGGUAAUGACGCUGGGUUGUCCUUCUUAGACGCAAAGCUGUUUAACAUUCAUUACUGUAGUGCUGAAUGUCCCGGCUAUUCA